AUGAGGAUUAGAGGUUCCAUUGUGGAAAACCUGCCUUUGAGUGUCGGUCAGAAUAAAAUCACGGUAAAGGCCCAGGGUGAUAUUCCCAGGUGGAUUGGUGAUAUAUUGGAAAGGGAGAAGCCACUUGGCAGAUUGGGACUUGGUGCUGGGAGGCCUCUAGCUUUACGGGCGAACCGGCGGCUUGAAUGUGAGGAGGAAGAUAACGAGGCGAUCACAACCAAAGAGAAGUAUGGGGUCCGGAGGGAGUCUGAAAAGGAGAUCUAG